UCCACACCUCCGCUCCCCCGGAGGAGACGCGCACAGUCCGGCUCGCUGAACUGCUCUGGACCCCGCAGGAGACGGACGGCAAUGGCGACCGCUGCCAGCGAGGCGACCUUCGAGUCGUGGCUCAACCGGGCCACAGACCCAAACAAUCAGGAGGACAGGUGGGACUGCAUCCAGGGCUUCUGCCAGCUGGUUGACCAAGAGACCGACGGGCCGCAGGUCGCCAUUCGUCUUCUCACCCAUAAGAUCCAGUCUCCACAGGAGAAAGAGGCGCUGCAGGCGCUCACGGUUCUCGAGGCGUGUAUGAACAACUGCGGGAAGAGGUUCCACGGCGAGGCCACCAAGUAUCGCUUUCUCAACGAGCUCCUCAAACUCCUCACGCCGAAGUACUUUGGGGAGUGGACUCCUCAGAAAGUCAAAGACCGAGUGACGGAGGUCCUCUACGGCUGGACUCUGUGGCUCAAAGACGAACCCAAGAUCCAGGAGGCAUACCGCAUGCUCAAGAAACAAGGUAUCGUGAAGAAGGAUCCCAAACUGCCAGACGCGGUUAUAACGGCGCCGCCAACGCAGAGAACCACGGACUCUGUUUUUGACCAGGAGGACAAGGCCACGCUGUUAGCCAGGUUACUGAAAAGCACCUGUCCCGAAGACCUGGAGGCCGCCAACCGACUCAUAAAGAGCACCAUCAGAGAGGAGCAGGAGAAGGCAGAGAAAGUGUCGAAGCGCGAAUCGAUGCUGAAGGAGGUGGAGAGCAGCACCGAGCAGCUCCGGCAGCUUCUGGACCGGCACACCGUCGCCGGAACCUCGUUGCAGCCGAGCGACGACGCAAAGGCCCUGUACGAGCGCUGCGACCGCCUGAGGCCCAGCUUGUUCCGCCUGGCCAGCGACACGAUGGACGAGGACGCGGCUCUGGCGCAGAUCCUGGCGGCGAACGACGAGCUGACGCGGAUCGUCAACGCCUACAAACACCGAGAGGGGAAGAGAGGAAGUGACGGAGGAAGCGAGGACAGGAAGGAGGCUCCGGAGAGUCCCAGAGAGAUCAAAAGCUACCGCCUCAUCGACCUGUCGGCCAUGGACUCUGACCCGCCUCCGUCCUCUGAGUCCUCCUCGGCCAUGUUGUCCUCGCUCCUGGAAAGUACCUUCCACCCAGCGGCUGAACGGGACCUAAAUGAAUUAGCGUUCGAUAUUCUGGACUCAAAACAGACCCCAGAGACCACGAGGUCGUAUUAUGAAGACCUGCUGCAGCUCAAUGGAGACGUUCAGAUGCAGAACGGAGGGAGGGGAGUUGUGCUGAGAGCUCGUGGAUGUGGGGGGAGCGAAGCGUCGUCUAAUGGGACCAGCAUUUGGUCACUCCCUCACAACCAACAGUUCACCGCAGAGCCGCAGAACCCACUGGGAGAACCGUCUGGAUGUCCGGUGAAGGAGAACUCGCUCAGCCCUCGGCUCCUGAAAGACGUCUUCGUUCCCAUGGAAACCAUCAAAUCCAGUAGUUUUGAGCCGAUCACAGUGACCGAUCAUGGCGGCGUCCACGUCUCUCUGCAUUUUGCCAGAGACUCUCCUCCGGGUCAUCCGGGCGUCGCUGUGGUCGUCGUCUCCGCCGUGAACGCGUCCGCCCUCCACGUGCAGGACUUCCUGUUCCAGGCUGCGGUUCCAAAGACCAUGUUGGUGAAGCUCCAGCCCGCCUCGGGGACGGAGCUCCGCCCCUACAACCCUCUGCUGCCUCCGCCCGCCAUCUCCCAGAUCCUCCUAUUGGCUAAUCCUCAGAGACUGCGUCUGCGUCUGUGCUACAAGCUGACGCUGACGCACGGAGACCGCCAGCUGAGCAAGAGCGGAGAGGUGGACGACUUCCCCGACUGGACCUCUUUGAUCGGCCGCUGAAAGAACUUUAUGGACAAAAAUACUAAAAUAAUAAUAAGUCAGAAAAAACUCUGAGAGGAAGGUGAAGAAAGAGGUGGGAAGCGUGUGACCAGCCGAACGGACACAUAUCAAAGCUGUAUUUUAGGAAAUGUAAGAUAUCGUGUUUCCUGAUGCGUCGAUGAUAACACCUCAGAGAUAUUACUCUUUAGAUCACAUGUUCCUCAGGUUUUCCUCCUGCCUGUUGUUCCAUCACGGUUUGUUCUCCCGUGUGUGUGUGUGUGUGUGUGUGUGCGUGCGUGCGUGCUGACGUGUGGCUGCGUAUAUGUCUGCACAUUAAAAAAAUAGGUAUUUAUUUACGCUUGAGCAUUUGUGACGUAAACAAUUUAACAAUUCCAGUGCCUUUUUUAAAAGAUGUAAGAUGUAACUUUGUAGUUGCAGGAGAUUUUCUGGAUUUGAUCAAGUGAAAAAGUUAACGAUGUCAUCGCACUGACGUCACAUUAUGGACAGUUUAAAAUAUAUAUAUAUAUUUAAGUUAUGCAACUUCAAACAUGAGCAAACGACUCAACAAAUCGGGGAAAAAAACAUCGAGCAAAUCGAGAAAGACUGAAUUAUAAUAAUAUUUAUAUUGACCAGAUUAUUCUGGUUGCAAGAGAUUUAGUUUGUCAAAUAAGUUCCCGUGAGAGUUGACAUGGCAUCAAGUAUCAGGAUCAGUAUUUUAAUUUUUUAUAAGUAUUUUUUGCAGCUUGAUGAACGUUGUCAAAGUUGUGAAGAUCUUUUGUUUGUUCUGUUUUCUUCGUUUUGUUUGUUUUGUCUUCUUAAGUUUGUUUGUGGGACACGCUGAAGGCUAAAGAGUUCAUUUCAUUGGUUCAGUGUUUCCUCACCGGCUGUCAAACUGAGACGUUUUAUCAUUCUGAGCCCGGAGCAAAACAAGUCGGUGUUCCUGUCGAACACGUUCAAUGAGGAGUGAAUACCAACUGAAUGACUUGAAGCCAACGUGACUGUCUCUUUAAAUGCUCGUCUGCCGGUUCUCAAUAAACACAUCCUGUCUGUAACGCGGUGCAAAGAUCAGACUCUGUCCUAAAACAAGAUAACGUUUUUAUGGUAAUCUGAUCACCCAGAAGUCUCUGACCCAUCAAUAUUACAACUAUUUUUGUAUUAAACUUCCCAUCUAGAAAAACUGA